CCUCCAUACACUCUACACUUUCCUCCAGCACCAAGAGAGUUACCAGCUGUUGCGCCGCCCCCUGCUGAUGUCACGGCUCCAGCUUCCUGUCGUUUGAGCCCCUCGUUGUUUGCUGGCCGGCGGGACCAGAGCAUUCAGAUAAUAGUGGGGAUCCGCUACAGGAGCCGGCGAGCGGCCAUAGGGGCAGACGGAAUGUACGUACAUAUUUAGUUGAUGGAAGCAUGUGAAAGUACCGGGAGGGAGGUGCAUGUACUGGAGCAGAGGAAGACAAUGACCCUGCUGCUGUAAUGCUUUUGCAAGGAGUUUAAAGGGCUGGGGGCAUUGAAUGAACUUAUAGAAUGUUGUGGAUGAACCAUGUUUCUUUUGAGGUGUAGGUCCAAUACAAAUUCUGUGCCAAAUACAAGAACUGGAUCCAGUGGAGAAACAAACCUAUUGCAAGUGCAGUGGCCCCAUAGGAACUGGGGCAAGUCAGGAGGACCCAAACCUGGAACAGAGUUGAGCAAUUCAGCAGUAACCCAAUUGGAUCUUCCUCAUCUGUCUGGCUUUGGGUUUCUUGGAUCAGCAGCAUCUGCUUGGCUUGGCAUUCCAGCCCCUUUCCCACUUUAGUGACGGAGCCAGCAGCAUUAUGGGAAUGUUGUAGAAUCUGGAGCAGCCACAGGACUAUAGGCUUUGAAUUUGUGUACAUCUAAUCAGCUUCAUGAUCUGACCAGUGCCUCUGGAUCAUGGUGCAAUUUGAAAGAGAAGCUAUAAAAGAUUAAGAAAGAAAAAGUUGCUGACGAAUGUAUAGAUGGAAACAGGUUGUAAGAUACUCUGUGUUAAAACAAUACACAGAAGGAUGACCAUCUGGCAGUUAUGGGCCAUGGCAAGCUUUUUGCUGUAACAAAACUCUCAUCUCCGAUAUGGGACUUUGUUAUACAUACAUUUCUUAAUGGCCAUUUGAUACAGUAGGCAUGCUCCUAAUGCCCAAUUUUCUUUGGGCUCUUACUGGACAGACUUUCUUUUAGGGAUACUGAAACAGGAUUCAGGAUGUCGGACCCAAGUUAUUGGACAGCGUUCCAGGGUUGCAAGGGACGCCUAGCAAAGGGGGCCUUACUGCAACGUUCAAAAAGUUGCCGGAGCAGCAACAGGAAGAGUCUGGUGGUGGGUUCCCCAUCGCCUACACUGUCACGCCCUCUCUCUCCACUUUCUGUGCCUACAGGAAGCAGUCCUUUGGAUAGCCCAAGGAAUUUUUCCACAAGUGCAUCUGUUAACUUCCCAUUUGCCCGCAGAGCUGAUGGUCGCAGAUGGUCUCUUGCAUCUCUUCCAUCUUCUGGAUAUGGCACGAACACUCCGAGCUCCACUCUUUCGUCUUCCUCUUCUUCCCAGGAAAGGCUGCACCAGCUUCCAUUUCAGCCCACUGCAGAUGAACUGCAUUUCCUUUCCAAACAUUUCCGAAGUACAGAGAGCAUUACAGAUGAGGAUGGACGGCGUUCUCCUUGCAUGCGCCCCCGCUCUCGUAGCCUCAGCCCAGGUCGUGCAUCAUCAAACUUUGACAAUGAAAUAAUUAUGAUGAACCAUGUUUACAAAGAGAGAUUCCCAAAGGCUACAGCGCAGAUGGAAGAACGGUUGCAGGACAUCAUCACUCAUUUCUGCCCCAGCCAAACACUUCCGCUGGCCGAUGGUGUUUUGGGCUUCAUUCACCAUCAGAUUAUCGAGCUGGCUCGGGAUUGCCUGGACAAAUCUAAGGGGGCACUGAUAACCUCCCGUUACUUUCUGGAGCUGCAAGAAAAGCUAGAGAAAAUGCUGCAAGAUGCACACAAUCGUUCAGAGAGUGAGGAAGUUAUGUUCACAAACCAUUUGGCAAGGAAACUGCUGAUGGUCAUUGCCCGCCCAGCAAGACUACUGGAAUGUUUGGAGUUUGAUCCAGAGCAGUUUUAUCAUCUGCUGGAAGCUGCAGAAGGUCAGGCCAAGGUUGGCCAGGGGAUAAAGACGGACAUCCCUCGUUAUAUAAUCAACCAACUAGGUCUCACAAAGGACCCACUAGAAGAGAUUGUUCAACUGGAUCACUAUGAUACAGAAUCCUCCCUGCUAUUAGACCAAGAAGAUUAUCAAGAUCCAUGUAUUUCAAGUACUCCGUCACGAAAAAAACCUUGCGAGAGUGACUUUGAAACCAUCAAAUUGAUUAGCAAUGGAGCUUAUGGUGCUGUAUAUCUAGUCCGGCACAAGGAAAUGCGACAGCGUUUUGCCAUGAAGAAGAUAAACAAGCAGAAUCUGAUACUGCGCAACCAAAUUCAGCAAGUAUUUGUGGAGAGAGACAUCCUAACCUUUGCAGAGAAUCCUUUUGUAGUCAGCAUGUUCUGCUCGUUUGAGACACGUCGACAUCUCUGUAUGGUGAUGGAGUAUGUGGAAGGGGGAGACUGUGCUACGCUUCUAAAGAACAUGGGACCGUUGCCAGUUGAUAUGAGCCGCAUGUAUUUUGCUGAAACUGUGCUAGCACUAGAAUAUCUGCACAACUAUGGGAUAGUUCACAGAGACCUUAAACCUGACAAUUUGCUGAUUACAUCACUGGGACACAUCAAGCUGACAGAUUUUGGACUUUCCAAAAUUGGCCUUAUGAACAUGACUACAAACUUGUAUGAAGGGCAUAUCGAGAAGGACACAAGGGAGUUUCUGGACAAACAAGUGUGUGGGACCCCUGAAUACAUUGCACCUGAGGUGAUCCUACGGCAGGGAUAUGGGAAGCCUGUGGACUGGUGGGCGAUGGGCAUUAUUCUUUAUGAGUUUCUUGUUGGCUGUGUACCAUUCUUUGGAGACACACCAGAAGAACUAUUUGGACAAGUGAUCAGUGAUGAAAUUAUAUGGCCAGGAGGAGAGGAAGCACUUCCUACUGAUGCUCAGGAUCUAAUUACCCGGCUGCUGCGCCAAAACCCCCUGGAACGUUUAGGGACAGGUGGGGCCCAAGAAGUAAAGCAGCAUACGUUCUUCCUUCCGUUGGACUGGAAUGGGCUUCUAAGGCAGAAAGCAGAGUUUGUUCCCCAGUUGGAAGCAGAGGACGACACCAGUUAUUUUGACACUCGAUCAGAACGGUAUCAUCAUUUAGCUUCUGAGGAAGAUGAGGAAACAAAUGACGAUGAGUCCUCGGUGGAAAUCCGUCAGUUUUCUUCUUGCUCCCAUCGUUUCAGCAAGGUAUAUAGCAGUUCUGAGCAUUUAGCAACACAGCUCAAUCUGAGUUUCUCUUCCACUGAACGAAGUCACAGUGAUGAAAAGGAGGAGCACAGUGACAGGUGGGAGAGGACUCUGUCUAUUGAGGAAGAAAAGAAUCGACUAGGCCCUGAAAACAGGUUAAGGUCCUGGACAUCAUCUGGUUCGUCCCAUCAUUCCUGGCUAAGUGAAAGAAGUGCCAGCCCUAAUGUUCUGACCAGCACCUGCAGUCUGGAUACCAUGCCCAAGUUUGCUUUUUCCUCUGAAGAGGAGUCUUCUGAUCACAAACCUGAAAGACCAACUUUUACUUUAGGUGAAAUGAAAGGGACUCCUCCAAAACCUACUUCUCUCUGUGCAGACAUUGUCAGUCUUAGCAGAACCCGCCUACGGAGCAACAGCACUGGAGCCAAGAACUCCACUCCUCGCCCUCUGGAAGCGGGUGUUACCCGCCGGCUGCGUGGGCAGAGAGAUACACCUGAAAAACACAGUUCUUCCACAGGGAGCCGGGUCCCCAAAUCUGCAUCUGUCUCUGCCCUGUCUCUAAUAAUAACAGCAGAUGAUUUUGGCAGUGGAUCACUUGCAAGUCCUAUUUCCCCUCGUUCUCUCUCAUCUAAUCCAUCCUCAAGGGACUCCUCACCCAGCCGUGAGUCUACAGUUGCAGUAUCUAGCUUACGCCCACCCAUCAUAAUCCACAGCUCAGGAAAAAAGUAUGGCUUUACCCUACGAGCCAUAAGAGUCUACAUGGGAGAGAGUGAUGUUUAUACUGUACACCAUAUGGUUUGGAGCAUAGAAGAUGGAAGUCCAGCCCAUGAGGCAGGCCUUAGAGCUGGUGACCUUAUCACACAUGUGAAUGGCGAGUCUGUUCUUGGGCUUGUGCACAUGGAUGUAGUUGAGCUGCUGUUAAAGAGUGGCAGCAAAGUCUCCUUAAGGACAACCCCCCUGGAAAACACCUCUAUAAAGAUUGGGCCAGCUAGGAAAAACAGUUGCAAGGGCCGCAUGGCAAGGAGGACAAAAAAGAGCAGAAAACGGGAGAGCCAAGACAGGAAGCGCUCUUUGUUUAAGAAAAUUUCCAAGCAGUCCACAGUGCUACAGACCAGUAGAAGCUUCUCAUCUGGGCUUCACCAAUCUCUGUCUUCCAGUGAGAGCCUUCCAGCUUCUCCCACUCAUAGUUUGUCUCCAGGUCCCACCACUCCAAGUCGUAGCCCUGCCCCUGAUGCAGCUGGUGAUGCUGCUUCACCACAGAGUACUUCACCCUGCUCCAGCACACCAAGCUCACCUGCAGGACACAUCCGACCAAGCUCCCUUCAGUGCCUAACCCCCAAACUCAGUGGACAGCGCUACAAAGUUGGGCGCAGGAAAUCUACCAGCAGCAUCCCACCUUCCCCAUUGGCUUGCACACCUUCACCGGUUCCACAGGCACCCUCAUCUCCUCAACGCUCUCCUUCCCCACUAUUACCUAGUCAUCCAAGGAGUGGACAUUGUGGCCUCCAGGGCAAGACGUUAUCACCACCAACCAUCGUAAGACAAAGUGCUCGAAAUCGAGCAACUGAUGCACCCAGGUCACCUUUACUAAAGAGAGUGCAGUCUGUAGAAAAGAUGGCAGCAUUUUUGUCCAGUGGGCGUAAGGCAAGCCCAGUUGAUAUCCAGCACUGGGAGGACACAGUGGAUAUGUUAGAGGGUAUGUCAGAAUCCAGGACCAGGGAUUGGAGCUCAGAGAAACAUGAGCGUGACCCAGAGGUGGUGGUAAUGAGAAGGCUUAAUCUUUCAGAGAGACGGGACUCCUUCAAGAAGCAAGAAGCUGUGCAAGAAGUUAGUUUUGAUGAACCAGACACAGGAGCUGGAGAAGUGGCACCUGACAACAAGAAAAUAGGGAGCUGCUCAAGUUUGUGGGAAAGAUUGCCCCACCAAACUUCCUGGAUACAAGCACGGACGGGGAUAUCAACAUCUGUGACAACACAGCAAGAGGCUUCAUGUCGCCUUGUGCCACAAAUAGCUGUACAGACCUCUGAGAGUGAUGAGCAAGAAAAGAGCCAAGGAGUCUGGGAGUGCCAAGGAUUUUACCCCUUACAGUUGUCAGGCAAGGACAACUGCCCCCUUGUAACAUGGCUGUCAGAACCCACGGCUGCCAGUUCAGAUAGGAACCUGCCUGAAUCUGGAAAAGUUAGUGAGUGCCAGGCUCCCUUUGCUUUAUCAUCCAAACGUGACUCGAAAAAAACUAGCUGAGCCUUAACUGUAACAAAUCCUAAUGAAGGAACGCACGAUGUGUGUGAAAGACAAGUCCAAGGAGGGGAAUCUGGCACAAUAGCAAAUAUUGUGCCAAUCAACACCCUAAUGAGUAUGUAGAGACCAAAUACCCCCCCCCCCCCCCCCAUUUUAUGAUGAUUUGCCACUGGGCUUUUCAGUGUUUGUUACUGAGCAUGUGGCUUUUUAGACCAACAGGCUAUAGUUUCCCCCACUAGUACCACUAACACCCAGCAAAUUCCCCAUCAUUAUUGCUGCUAACAUUAGUGGAUGGUGGAAAGAAGAGACCAGUCCUUAGAAAAAUGAGUUCAUUUUUUGUCCCUCUCUUUGUGCCCCCCCUUUUUCCCCCCAUUCAUUUAAUGAAGGAUGUGUUUUAAACUUUAGUUUCCUGGAAUGCUGCCAUUUGGAAGAAUUACAUUUGGAUGCUUCCAAAAUCUCUCAUAAUCUCUGGCAAGAAGUACCCAAAGCUGCCUUCACAAAAAAAGGAAGAAAAAGACAGAUGGACAGAGAGAUGUUUGUAUAUAUAAGAACCCUUUUUUAACGUAUUUAUUCAUUCUUUUGUAACGAGCGAAAAAGAUAAUUGGUAAUUUUAUUAUAUCUUCAUGUUUGUUGUAGUAUUUUUCAUGCAUACUUCAAUAAGUGUACACCCUUUUAACAGAAGAAAGACACCCUUUUUUAAAUCUUUUAAUGUUCAUAAGUGACAUACAUUCCUGUGCUCUGCAAGUGAUGGGUGUGCAGUAAAUGAAUCCGUUAUUCAGCUUGUAUGACUAAUUAAUCAAUGAUCUUUAACAUUCUAAGCAUAAAACUGUCAGCAAAGUCACCUUAAGUAUAACUCUCUGGCACACUACAGUACAGUCACCAUCUUCAGAUUAUUCAAGGAAAAAUGUGUUUGCUCUGGAAUAUUUGUAGGCAGCCAUUGCUGUGGCUGAAUAAAUCACUUUUUCUAAAUUUGUUACAAGCAUACUAUAAUUUCCUUUGCAAGCAAUUUUAUCAGGCUAGAUAUAAAAUCUUACCUACAUAUUUUUUGUACAUAGAAACUUUUCACACGGUUUUUUAGAAUCUUUAUCUGCAUAUUUGAAUUCCAUCCCAAGCCACUUUUAUAUAUAAACAGCUGGAGUAACACUCUACAGUAAAUAAUAAAACAAGAAAUGUAAUGCAUCCGAAUAUAAGUAAUAAUAAGUGAAAAGAAAGAUUCUGACAUAUUGGCUUGAAGGAUUGUAGAAUUUUGGAGGGGAGUUAAAUUUAAAUGGCGACCUGCAGAUUUGUUAUUAGUUGUAUAACAGUUUGGUGAGAAUGUUGGGGGGUCAACAGCUCUUUCUAGUAUCCAUCGUUUGUAAUGCCUGUGCUUAAAUCACCAGUAACACCAAAAAUUGAAACAAACUUUAGAGUUUAUAUCUGUAUAUAAUCAUUGGCAGGUCACCCCCAGCUAAUAAUAAAGUUACAGAUAUAGGAAAUUAUUCAUGUAUCAGUCAUUCAUCCACAAUUCGAAGAAUAUCUUACCUUAAGGGCAAUAACACAUGGGUAGAUUUGUCGCCCAUGUUUAAAAUUUGCUACUGCGGGAGGCAAAUCUCCCUGAAUAUGCCUUGCCCUUCGCUCACAUUGAAAUUGCAAAAGUAAAUUACAUUCGGCCUAAUCAAAGGAAAAUGUGAAAGCAGGCAUCUCCCCCAAUUAAGCUGAAUUGCAAAAGACCUUCAGGCAGGGUUUACCAGUAAGAGAAUUUUCCCCAAAUAUCACCUUAUCUGUUCUUGGGCUAAGCACCAUCCCCAAACUACUGCUUUAACAUCCUACUACAGUUUGGUGACCUCUGGUGUAGAGAGACAUUGAUGAGAGAGACAUUGAUGACAUUUGAUGCCUGUUGAUCAGCAAUUCAAUUCCAAAAGCAUUGUAUUGUAAAAGAAUAUUUAUCUGCUGUUUGAAAAAUGGUUCUUGCAGCACUGAAUGUCAUCCUCCACAUUUAAAAAAAACAAUUUAUAUAAAUGGCAAAAGAGCUUCUAAAGCAAAAAUACAAUUUUUUUACAAGAAAAGGUUAGUACUGUCUAUAUUUUAUGUAAAUAUAUAUAUAUAUAAAGCCCUUUACAAUGUUUGGUGUUACUGGCCCUUUAAGAUACUGAGAAAUGUAUGUAAAUUAUUUCUUACAUGAAAAAUGCAAUGUGGGUGGUUUUUUUUUUUUAAUUGAAUUUACUUUACUUCAUGACUUCAUCAGUUUUCCAAUGUUCAUUGUAUUUACUGGUGGAAUACUGUAGGAAUAACAACUCGAUGUGCGUUAAAAUGUUAAACUUGCUGGUACAGAAAUUGCAUUACAGAUUCUUGAGGGCUUAAGGAGAUUUAGAAAAGGGUAUUUUUACAUAUUAGUCUCCAAUUUGUAUUCUGGUGGGGGUAGGUUUAAUUUUUCUUAGUAUAUUUAUGCAUUAUUUUGUAAAGGAUUUAAUAUGUGGACUGCGACAAAAUCCUUUAUGGAGGUGCAAUGAAAUGAAUGGCUUUCAUCUUUUGCUACUUUUAACAGGGUAAUACUCAUUUUUGGAUUUUGGGGGUUGGUGACAAACCCAGAAGUUGAGAUGUAAAAAAAAAAAACAAACUGGGUCUGAGUGUGUACUAUUCCCUAUACAGUAUUAGAGUUCUCCUAUCAUUUUUUCUCAUUUUCUGUGUAAAUAAAUGACGGUUGUGUUUACUGCUUUAUUUUCCAUAGAAUUUACAGUCAACCUCUUUGUGACAGAGCUUUUCCCUAGUACCAGUAUGUAUCAUAUUUCAUGCAAACAUUAUAUUAUUAAAUCAGCUUGUAUGUCGAGGAGGCUUUUUUAACUACCAAUCCCUUUUCAUACAGUGUUUUGUUUUCUUGAGUAACACAAAGCCUCUCUAAACUUGCAGCAACCUUGCACUAGUAGGGCAAAAUGGGAUUGCCACUAUUUUCAGGCUAGCACCACUUGUGUACUUGUUUCCCAAAUUGAAACUGUAUAGAAUUGCCAAGGAAUAUGAUUUUUUUGUUUUUAUUUUUUUUUUCAUUGGUCUUAAGAUGAAUUUUGCAUUUCCUUAAAGAAAACUAACCAUUUCGUAGCAGCAAUGUUUUCAAUAGGUAUUCACAUUAAAUAUGCAAAAAUAUAACAGAUUCCUUGUUAUAGAAAUCAGAAAGUGGUUUUCUGUUCUCCUGUUUGCAAACUGCUGUCUUUCUAUAAUUUGGCUUAAUGGCUGGUUUUCUGACCCCUAAAAACUGUGACUGUUUUCAGAGUAUCCAAAUUAGGUGGGCAAGAUAGAAGAACCUUUCAAAUAGAUCUUUCUGUGCAGCUGCCUGGAUGCUCCUGUGCUUUACUAUCAAGGCACAUUAAAUAUUCCCACAUUAUAUAGAUUGCUAGUGAUAUUAUUUGCCAGGCUUUGAAGGAAUUGUAUAGUUAAACUAGAAAGGCAGUGCUUCAACUGUUCAUUUGAAAGGUCAUGCUCCAGUUCUACCUGCAUCUUAUUGCUUUUCAGUUGUUCCCACCCCAAAACUAAUCUUUGCACAAUAUCAUUCUAAGCAGCUUUCCAAUAUACAUUUGUUACAAAUUUUCAUUAGUUUUAAAGUUAUUUGUGACUGCAUUUGCAGCCUGUUUGUUUACAUUCUCUGCACUCCUGACUCUGACUCCUGAAUCAAUGUUUCAAGCCAGCUGAUUAAAGCUAAAAGACCUGGAGACCUGACUGGUUUUAAGAGUCAAACUUAGAGAACACAAAGCGAUGAACAAACACAGCUUUAAACUGCCUUUACAGAUAACUUCAAAGCCAUUCUUAAUGAAUGAAUAUUUGAAAGUUGCUUUCAUUAUGCAAAAAGGCUGUUCACAAAGCAGAACAUGAAGUUGGGAGAAGCCUGAAGGCCAUUUACAUGGCUACAGAAAUAGACAAUACUGAUAAUUGUCUCUAUGUGUGUUUUAGCAGCGGUAACUCUCAGUAUUGUCUAUGGCAGGGUAUUGUCUGAAGUAGCUAUGAAAAGUAGCUGCUACUAAGUAGCUCUGUGUGUCUUCACCCUAAAGCUGGCCAUACACGUGGCGAUCUGACGAUGUUUCGUGCAACCAUCGGUCGGUGGUGUUACUAUUAAGAGUCUGGUUUUCUGUAGUCAGUACAGUUCUGAAUUUCAAGAAAGGUGACUGAUGCAACACAAUAUUGCAAUAACUGCUACAAUAUUCUGAAACCAACUUUGCAAAUCUUUUAGCAAUCAUUAGGGAAACAUUGUCAGCAGUUUGCAAAACAACAGUCAUUGUUAUAAGUACAGAUAAACAUCAUUUGUUUGUUUGAGCUGGCUCUUUUGUGAAGGAAGCAGUGGAGGUAAGGGAACAUAAUUUAAAACAGAGCAGUAAGGGGCUUAUUUAUUAUGCUGUGUAAAACGCAAUUUGCCAAAACAACUUGUAGAAAGCUUUGUAAAAUAAUUGGCAAUUUUUAUCAAGGUGUAUUUUAUGUUAUGCCGUUUGAACGACAAAGUUAUGCUGCUUCAGACCUUGUGUAAGUAAGUUCCAGAGGAACUAAGAAAAAAUUUAUUAAAAAAUUACCCCAUUUUUUUUCCACUGUGAAGUCUGCUGAAUUUUAUCACCGCUUUUUACGCUGCAUAAUAAAUCUGCCCCUGAAUCUCUCCAAGUAUCCAACAUACUUUAGAUAGCCCAUGGACCAGCACUGGACAUCAUCCAUUUUACAAAUGCCUAUUAGUGCUGUUUGGGAAGCUCUGCCUGUAACAUUCCCUGGCAUGUGCUUUAGCUGGCAUACUUAGCAGAACGGCAGCCAUAAGGGGACCAUUACAUGAAUUAAAAUUCCAUAUCUUACCCCAGCCUUAGGAAUGUAAAGGUGUGGCAGAAAGCUCCUACUCUAAAGGGACCAGAAAAUCACAAUAGUGUAGCAACAUCGUAAGGUAACCUGUUUAAUAAAACCUGUAAUCAUUUUUUUUUAGCUACAAAAAUAUUUUGGCUGUAGUAUAACGAAUAUAUUGUUUGCCAAGCAUGGCUUACAUAGCAAAGGGACAUGUAUCACUGCUCUGCGUGAUACGCGAGCAAGAAUUUGAAAUAAAACUUUCUCCGUUCGUAAACUAUUAUACCUAAUAGAUUCUAGUAAUACGUAGGGCUAUAAUAAUACAUGUUUCUGUGACUACAGUAUUCCCAGCUUGAAGACAGCAGUUUGUGUGCAGGGAACAGUUUGUAUAUUUGUUUUUUAUAAAAUGGUCAUGUAUGAUGCUUAAAAAUGAAGGAUUUUUUUUUUUGCACGUUUGCAAGUCUUACUGCAUCAUAAAUGUUUACAAAGGCAUGGGUUGUUUUUAAAUUUUUUAUGCUGUAUGCUGCAAAAAAGCUUUCCAAAUUCUGUGCAGAAGUUUUUAAAUCUGUAUUUCUAUUUAACUGGUGCUGCGUUUUGUAUUUCCAGUCAAAACGUGUCAGUGAGGUGGGUUCACUGCUUGUACAAAAAUCUGUUUAUAAAUAUGCAACUGUGACCAAUA